AUUCGAUAUCAGUCUUUUAAACUAUUUGACCAAUUGCUUUGAAAUUUAAAAUAUAAUUGAAGCACUAGAAGUCUCAGCAUUCCGUGUAAUAAAAAGGUUCUAACUUAAUUUUUACAUAAGGACCAUAUUGUCUGAACCUUUGUUAAAACUAUGUCUGGAAGUUUAAAAUUUUUAGAAAAAGUGACGAAAAAAUUUAAUUUUGGAAAACGUAUGACUUUAAGGAGGUAUUCCUAUCAAAUAAAAAGACACCAAUCUAAAACCUCUGAUUUACAACCCAACAUAACUGAUAAUGAGUUCGUGUCAUCAGCGGUUUAUAUGUUUCCAAUAUUCGUCAAAGACCUUACUGACAAUAUCAUUUGCGACAAAGAACCUGAAUUCAAAAUGAGAUAUCAAAGAAUGAUUGAAUACCCUUUACUAGUUGGAAACAAAGAAGUACCUUGUAUGACAGCCAUGUGUUAUAAAACUUUAGAAAGACCAGAGAAACUGAAUGAAGAUAAUAUGAACCAGGCGUAUUUACUUGGAUGGUUAGGAGAAAUGAUCCAAAUUAUAAUGUAUAUGGCUAGUGACAAAAUCAAUAAUGUAGAAAUUCGAAACAACGCACAAACAUGGCACUCAGUACAAGACGUAGGACUUCUUGUAGCAAACGACACAUGUCUUCUACAAAACUCCAUAUUUGUACUACUCAAAAAGUACUUCAGGAACCAUCCAAACUACCCACGAUUCAUCGAGUUGUUUCAUUCUUCUCUUUACACGUCUUUUCAAGGACAUAACUUGGAAAUAAUUAGUAAAGAUAUUAAUAGGUUUGAUAUGAACGUUAUUGAAAGAAUAGCCAAGUAUAAAAUAGCUACUGGAUGCUUCAAUUGGCCUCUUAAAUGCGCCGUAUAUUUAGCAGACUUGGAUCCUACAUACUAUUUUGAGCAAGGGAGGAAUAUUGUUGAAGAAAUUGCUGUUUACAAAAAAAUUAAGGCAGACUUUUUGGAUUCGUUUGGAAAUCAUCCUCAGCACCUUAACAUCAAACAAGGUUACUGUUCAUGGUUGGUUGUAAAAUUGUUAGAAACGUGUAGUUCAAAUCAACAAAAUACUUUUAAGGAAAAUUAUGGACAGAUUGAAGAAAAGUCAAUAAACGAAGUCAUUUCACUGUAUAAUGCCGCAAAACUGCCAGUUUUGUUCGAGACGUACAAAGUUAAGAAAAAUGCAGAUAUUAGGAAAAAGAUUGGACUGAUAGAAGAUGAAGACGUUAAGAGGUGUUUGACAAGCUUUUGGAAUCAGACAUUUUAAAUAAUUAAUAUCUAGCUUUUAUGCUGUUACUGUGUACUUGCAUUUAUAUUGCUGUCUGUUAUUGUUCCAUCCAAAAUAUAACACAUUUUCUUUUAUACAAA